CAGCGAGAGCGAUCGCUCCUCGGAGUUGGAAUUAAGAUAAAAUACUUAUACCUCGCUCAUUUGUAUUUGGAAUUUAGUUAUACCUGUGCUGUGACUGAGUGUUGUUCGCGUACAUUAUUAUAUAAAAAAGAACGGAGGAGUGGUCAAGUGGCACCGCUCCCUGUUCAAUUCCCGCUCCGAGAUGUCACCCGCGCCAGCCCUGGUUGCCGGCGACACGCUCUGUGAAAUCUUCAAUCCUUCGGGCAUCCUGAUACUGUUACAAAAUACGGCGUACAGGUUACAAGACAAACGUCAUAAGACAAAGAACAAAAAAUCUAGAGAGGGUGCUCUGCCUGUAGAGCAAGUGGUCGGCGAACAGCCACCCAACCUGAAUAUUAGUGAUGUCAUCGACGCGAUAUCGAGGGCGGACCCGCUCUUCGGCGCGGGCGUAGAGAUGCCGCGACCGCCGGCGCCCCACGCAGGGCAGCCCUUUGUCCGGAUCGUCGAGCAGCCAGCCAGCAAGGCCUUGAGGUUCCGAUACGAAUGUGAGGGCCGGUCAGCGGGUUCGAUUCCUGGCGUGAACAGCACGCCGGAGAGGAAAACUUACCCCACGAUAGAGAUAUGUGGACACAAAGGACCAGCUAUCGUCGUCGUGUCCUGCGUCACGAGAGAGGAGCCCUACAAACCGCACCCCCACAACCUGGUGGGUCGGGAGCGCUGCGAGAAUGGAGUGUGCACCGUCAAGACGACCAUCAACGAGGAGAACCCGCAGGUCUCCUUCAGCAACCUCGGCAUACAGUGCGUCAAGCGGAAAGACAUCGCAGACGCGCUCAAGACUAGAGAGAGGCUCCGAGUGGACCCCUUCAGAACGGGCUACAACCACCGGAAUCAACCACAGAGCAUCGACCUGAAUGCAGUGCGACUUUGCUUCCAAGUCUUCAUCCACGAUGAAAGGACCGGGAAGAUACGACUCUCGCUGCCUCCCGUGGUCUCAGAUGUCAUCUACGACAAGAAGGCUAUGAGUGAUCUCGUCAUCAUGCGGCUCAGUCAGUGCUCCGAUUUCCAUAAAGGAGGAACUGAACUGAUACUUCUCUGUGAAAAGGUGACGCGUGAGGACAUCGCCGUGGUGUUCUUCCAGAAGGAGGGCGAGCACGUGGUGUGGGAGGAGAGCGCCAACAUCGUGCUCGUGCACAGGCAGGUCGCCAUCGCCUUCCACACGCCGCCCUACCGCGACCCCAGCGAGCGGCGACAUGUGCAGGUGUAUCUCCAGCUGAAGAGGACAUCAGACAACGCAAGAAGCAACGCCGUACCCUUCGAAUACAUCCCCGAAUACCAAGAUACGAGUUAUUUAAAGCAUAAGAGAUUGAAGACGUUAUCGCCGUCUGUCGCGCAUCAGACUUACGAGCAAGACAGAUACGGAAACGACCAACACAUCAAGUCGGAGCCAAGAGAUAAAACUCCACCACACCAAAUGAACAGUCCGCUGAGAGUGUUCUCGCCGCCCUACGAAAAUGAACAAAUUCAAGAUAACCCCUAUCAGUGGGGUAUGCAAGGGAUGUCCAUCGCUGGGCCCAGCCACGUGAGCUACGGGCAGGACAUGCAGUGGAGCCCUAGCUACGUGCAGCUGUCCCCCAGCAUGCAGUCGCAUUCGCCGAACAUGUCGCCCAACUUACAAAUGACUAAUCUUCAGAACAUUCAGCCGAACUUGCAAACCCUCUCGCCGAAUAUGCAGUCGAUGCCACCCAUGUCCCCCAACAUGCAAAUGUCCCCGAUGGGCCAAGUGAUGCCGUCCAUGGGCAGGAUCUCCCCGAUGACUCACGGCGGGAUGUCCCCGAACAUGGGGCAGAUGUCGCCGAGCAUGGGGCACGUCUCGCCCGGCAUGGGGCAUAUCUCUCCUAAUUUAAUGCAGCAGCAGCAACAGCAGCAACAGGAGCUGCUGGCGGCGCCGGCCAGCGACUCGCCGUCGCUGUCGGGGCUGCUGCUGGACCGCGGCGACGUCAUGCCGCAGCUCAACUCGGGCGAGCUGUCCGGCCUGUCGUCGCUGCUGGAGCGCGGCCCCGACCUCAGCGACAGCCUCAACCGCCUCUCCACCAGCGACCUGCUGCACUGACGGCCGCAGCCCCCCGUGCGCCCAAGGGGAUGCUGACGAGACGUGACCCGCGAGGGGACCGAGAGCCUCGUGUCCGGCCCCCACUCUCUCGUACCGCCCGCUGCGGCAGUGACUCCGUGCCGACGGACUUUGCGUCUCCUUUCAGACGUUUCGUGGCAUUCUCGAGAUUCAGGAAAUUUAAUUUCUCCUAGAGUUCUUAAAAAUAAAAAAUGACGAAAUGUUAGGUGUAACAAUGUAAUGUUAAAAUUCACGCCGAGCGUCACACGUGAGUGUCCAAUACCGCCUCUAUUGGAUUAGAGAUGACUAUUCGGAUAUACUUUUAUGUCGACUGAAGACAAAACAAUAUGUUAUUCGAUAAGGAAGUGCGCUAAAUCUCAACUGGAAACAUUUCAAUAACGAGUAUCACAAAAAAUGUAUAAUAGUAAGUCUUUUUGUAAUUUUAAUUAAUUAAUGUUUUUUAUUAACCAAAAAACACAUUGACGAGCGAAACGCUACGUUCUAUGUGUGUUUGUAAAUUGCAUCAAUUUAAUAUAAUGUCUCUCAUAUAGUAACUUUUCGUUUAAAAUUACUUUAUUUAUGUUUUUCUUCGUAAAUAGAUAUAUAUUACUUUUAACGAUUAAAAAAAAUAAACAAAAAAAAAAUUAAGUCUUAAUAUAGUCUUCCAAUAAACUAAAAGUUAUAUACAUGAAUUAAUAAUAAAGACAACAUAUCAAAUCAAAGUAUAUUUUCUAAAAAAGAGACAAAUCAUUUUGAAUCAUAAUAAACCUGUGAAAAAGUAUACAUAUAUAUAUUUUAAAUAUUUUAUUUAUUAACUAAUUGUGCUAUUUUGUCCGUAUAUUAGCAAAUACAUUUGUAAAAUAAAAUGAUUUCGAUUUAAUAUUGAUUUACCUCAGCAAGAUCAUUGUUUCAUUUUAUUUGCAUACAAAUCAAUUAUUACUACUGAACUUACUAUGGAACUUCAGGUGCAUAAUAUAUGAACUAAUCCGAUUUUAUUUUGGAUAUUGAUCCCGGAACACUCGACGUGUUUCGGGAAGACCAUUGUCACGGAGCAGUUCCGUUGAAAUCUUAAGUACGUGCAAUUUAGAAAUAAAAUAUUUAAAAGAAAGGAAUCUAAAUGUUUAAAGCCAAUCGAGAUUUAUAUUUUUAUUGAUUAAAUUUCAAUGUAUCUUACUUAUUGUAUUUGCUGAUGUUUAGAGAUUGCUAUUUUUGUGAAUUUUAUGAGAUAUAAUUUACUGUUUAUUAUUGUUAUAGUUUGUUGAGUUAAGUCUAGCAAAUAAGAUUAUUUGAUAAAAAACUAUGAAUUGUUACCAAAUAUUGAAGUGUUUAUGAAUUGUAAAAUAUUUUCAACAAAUUUCCCUUAGCCUCUGGUCAUGUAUUUUUUUAAUUGAAACAGUUAUGAUCCGCUUAUCGUUUAUCGUUUAUUAAAAGGCAGGCUUUAUUGAAAUAAAACAUCACAACAUAUAUAUACCAUAAAUAGCAACUGAAGACAACCCUUUAGGUGCUUGUGAUAUACUUACGACAUUACUUCAAUUUUUUUGUUUUAUUUUUGCCACACAUCACAGUAGAUUUUUUAACGUGCAAUAAUAUAAGUUCGCAUUUAAUGUGUAAAGAAAAAAUGUUGUCAUCUUUAAAAUUAAAUAAUUGACAAUA